AUGACAUUCGGAAUUCUCAAGAUUGCGGCAGACCAGCCCUCACCCCCUAGUACAUCGCUUCUCAAAAAUCUGUCUGCUAAUACGCAGGAUGCUGAGGUAUUCCUCGUGCCGCAGCCGUCUGCUUCGCCAGCUGAUCCCCUGAACAUGUCACGGAUCCGCAAAGAGCUGUACUUUGCCGCUCUCAUCUACGGGGCCUGUGUGACUGGUGUCGUCGGUCCUGUCCUGGUCCCGGGCUUCUCCAUCGUCGCCGCCGCCUUUCAAAUCAAUCUGACCCAGGUGACGCUCCUCAAUGGAUCUCUGGUCAUGGCUCUGGGGGUUAGCGCCUACGUCUGCGGUCCUCUAACCACUCUCUGGGGUCGGCGGCUCGUUUUCCUGUUUACGACGCUCAUUAUGGUCUUUGGUGCCCGUAUUUUCCAGGGGCUCGGUAUGGGCACCUUCUUCUCCGUCGCCGGCACAGCAUCCAUCAACGACGCCUUCUUCAUUCACCAACGCGGUAGUCGUGCUGGCUUCUGGAACUUUGCCGUCAUUGUUUCGGUCAACGCAUCCCCAGUCAUCAGCGGCUAUGUCAUCAACGGCCUCUCCUGGCAGUGGAGCUUCCGUCUGCUAGCCAUCUCCUUCGCCCUCGCCUUUGUCUGCUUCAGCUUCUUCCUUAUGCCCGAGACACUCUUCGACCGUGACUCGGUCGUUGCCGGUGUUGAGCCUUCCAUCUCGGUCUCGGACCACCUUGAAGCAAAGAGUUCGGCUAGCCCAGCGCUUGGGGCUCCAGACUCUGUCAAUGAUGCCAGUUCGGUUGGUCCCCCUGAUAAGCCGGCGCUGUGGAAGCAAACCCUGGGCCUGAAGAAUGUUCAGAUGCAGCCCAUCACCCAGCUCAUCCCCAUUCUUCUCCGCCCCCCGGGCCUCCCUCGGCACCCGGCUAUCAUCUGGGCGUGCGCAAUGUGGUCUGUCACCUACAGUUGGGUCAUUAUCCAGGAUGCCGUGGCCGACCAGAUCUUUACGGCUCCCCCCUAUAAUCUGUCCCCAACAUCCGUAGGCCUUCUCAUCGGCAUUGCCCCUCUGGUUGGAUCUGCUAUCGGGACCAUUCUGGGUGGUUGGAUGUGCGAUUGGAUGGCGCGGCUUAUGGUUAAACAAAACGGCGGUGUCUAUGAGCCUGGGUUCCGGCUGGUAGUGUUCGUGCCAACCCUGAUCACCAUUUUUAUUGGCUCAUUCGGCCUGGUCAUGGCCAUAACCAAUGGUUUAUCUAUCUGGGCCUGUGCUGUCUUCCUGGGCUUCCUGAAUUUUGGUGUUGGCGUAGGCUGUACCGGCAUUGUUGCGUACUCAAACGAUAUUUGCCAGCACAGAGCAGCGGAUGCCUUUAGCGUGACUAUGCUUGUCAAGAGUGCUUUUGCUUUUGGUCUCACUUCACAUGAGGUGCACUAA